AAUAGUAGCCGGUAUUUUGUUGUUUCGAUCAAAUAUUCCUCCAAAAAAACUUGGUUAGAAAGCGUAAUCAGAGCUACAAUCCUUCAUAAAUACCUUGAAAAAUAAUGGCUGACGGAGAUCUCGCAUCCCAAACUGCAGAUAUGAGCCUCCAAGGAACUCACUCUAUAUAAUGAUGUACAGGUUAGGAGUACGGCAGCUGAGAACAGUCUUGUCACCAAGUUCAUUGCGAGCUCUUGCCUUGCAGUUCAGAAAUCAAACAUUAUCGAUUGAAACCAAAAAAGUUAUUCCCCGAAUUCCCCUACAGAUCUCACUUAUACAGGCUGCUAGAAUGAGCUGUUCAGUAGAAGGAUUAGCAAAUGGUCCAGUGAUGUACACGUCUGAAAAGGAAGGAAGUGAUGAGACUGGAGAUGGGUCUUUUCAGAAGCCAUUCAAAACUGUUAUGCAUGCAUUGCACCAAGCUGAUGGCAAGGAACCUCAGCCAAGCAUAAUGGUGGACGGCAAAGAAGAUGGAGAACAGAGAUUUGAGAAAUUAGCCAAAGCUCAGUUGAAGAAAGUAACAAAGAUCUUUGCUGCAGAAAAGAGGAAAUCGCAAGAAAGAGAGAAGAAAGAGGCAGAAAAAUCAGAGCAGAGGGAAAAGAACCUAGAGGAAGCAAAGAAAGUUACAAUUAAAGAAGAUGAAAGUUUACCUGCUGCAAAAAAGAUCAAAAUCAGAGACACCUUCAGUCAGCGGGAGCAGAGGGUGAAAAUCUAUGGAUGGGUUCAUAGGCUGAGAAGACAAGGAAAGAACUUAAUGUUCAUUGUUCUUCGAGAUGGAACUGGUUUUCUUCAAUGUGUCCUGAAUGACACUUUGUGCAAUACCUAUGAAGCCCUUAUCCUGGCUACUGAGGCUACUGUCUGUCUGUUUGGAGUGGUAAAAGAACUUCCUGAGGGGAAGACUGCCCCUGGCGGCCAUGAAAUGGCUGUGGAUUACUGGGAACUAGUUGGUGCGUCGCCUCCUGGUGGUGUCGAUAACCUGGUUAAUGAGGAAUCAGCCAUUGACACUCAGCUUGACAAUAGACACAUUAUGAUCAGAGGUGACACUUUGUCUCGCAUCCUACGAAUGCGCUCUGUCAUCACUCAAUGCUUCCGAGAGCAUUAUUUCCAUCAAGGCUAUGUUGAGAUGACCCCUCCAUGCAUGGUACAGACACAAGUAGAAGGAGGAUCUACACUGUUCAAAUUUGACUACUUUGGUGAAGAUGCAUUCUUAACUCAGUCAUCCCAGUUGUACUUGGAGACUGCCAUACCAGCCUUAGGUGAUGUGUUCUGUAUUGCUGAAUCUUACAGAGCAGAACAGUCAAGAACCAGAAGACAUCUGUCAGAGUAUACCCAUGUAGAGGCAGAGUGUCCUUUUAUAAGCUUUGAUGAUCUGUUGAACAGACUGGAGGAUCUGGUCUGUGAUGUUGUUGACAGAGUGUUGAAAUCACCCUUUGCACAUCUUCUACACGAGCUGAACCCUGACUUCAAGCCUCCCAAAAGACCUUUUAGGCGAAUGAAUUAUGCUGAUGCAAUAGUAUAUCUGAAAGAAAAUGACAUCAAGAAAGAAGAUGGCACGUACUAUGAAUUUGGAGAGGACAUUCCAGAGAUGCCCGAACGUAAAAUGACAGACCAGAUUAACGAGCCAAUUUUUUUGUGCCGCUUCCCAGUUGAAAUCAAGUCUUUCUACAUGCAGCGAUGUCCUGAAGACAGGAGACUUACUGAAUCGGUUGAUCUGCUCAUGCCUGGUGUAGGAGAAAUCAUUGGCGGCUCAAUGAGGAUAUGGGACUACGAUGAGCUAAUGGAAGGCUACAAGCGUGAGGGUAUUGACCCCUCUCCUUAUUACUGGUUCUCUGACCAGCGUAAAUAUGGCACCUGUCCUCAUGGGGGAUACGGCCUGGGUCUAGAACGUUUCCUGACGUGGCUCCUCAACAGGCAUCACAUCCGGGAUGUUUGCUUCUAUCCACGAUUCGUUGGACGCUGCAAACCUUGAAGCAGUUUUUUCCUAAAAUCAAAAAUGAGCUGAUCGAACUUUUUGCAAUUUUAGAAUAGAACCGAAUUUAAAACUUUCAUUUUACAAAUGCAUUUCUGUUGUUUUGUUUGAUAUACAUUUUUUUGUAGAAUUUUUUAGUAUGGCUGUGAGAAAUCAAGUUGCACGGGACUGACGAUAGGGGCUAAACCAAUCAGAGCCCGCGAAAUGUCUUCUAAGCCAAUCAAAAUACUUGGUCAUUGCACGACACGGUAUGACGGUAUACGAUACGAAUUUUCACAGCCAUACAAUCUCCUCUGAGGCGUAGAAUGCCCUCAAAAUUAUUCUGAAAGUAAACAGAAAAAUACAAAACUUUUUCUCAAGUGGAAUUUGGGCCAUUUAUUCUGUAUUUUCCUAUUAUUCUCGCAUUCAAAAUAAUUUUGAAAGGGGAUCUUCGGUUAUCUUAGUAUUGCGAUUAUUUAUUUGACGUUAGCAAUAGACGUUACAAGUUCAGUCCACAUAUCAUUUCCUUUAUAACACACAAUGAGCAUUAAAUACCUGGCCUCGAGAAAAAUAUACCUUUUUCUCUCACAGAGACUCUCUGUUUUCCGAGGCAAAGCCAAAGAACUAGAUGUUUUAUUGAAUACUAAUAUAAUUCCCCAGAAAUAAUAGUUGGAACUAUAGUUCAAUGUAUGAAAAGAAAUCAGUGUUUUGAAUAUUAUUUGAAGGCUCAUGAAAUAAAACGUAUAGAUAAAUGUUAA